CCUGAAACCCUAGCCCGCCUUCCCGUUCCCCACACACACGCCGUUUCCUCUCUGCUCACCUCGCCGAGCGCCUCCAUGGCCGCGUCGUCAACAUGCACGCGGCCACCGGCCACCGUCCUCCACACCGACGGGUCCAGGAGGUCCACCGUGGACGAGUUCGUCGCCUGCGCCCUCGAGACCAAGCCGGAGAGCCCGCGGCACCGCCAUCGCCUUGUUCUGCACCGCCUCGGCCGCCGUCGAUCCGCGGCGGACACCACCGCUUCGGCGCCACCCCGUCCUCCCCGAGUCUUCUGUGAGCAUUGCUAUGCUGGAGUCCAGGAGCCAGACGCCACCGUCGACGACGACCCCUACUACACUGGAGGUGCCUACUACUACGUGCUGCCCGCUGAUGACGACCAGGAGUAGUUUAGGAGGAUCCCAG